ACUCAGACUCUGUCCAAGAAGCCCGACAUUCCCUCUUUCGAGAGCCUCACCUUCAAAAACAGGACUACGGGGCUCAUCGACACCUCGUGGAGCGCCAUCCAGAUCGGCAUCUACGCCAAGCACCUGGACAACUGGCUGCAGUACUUCCCCAUGGAGCAGAUCCUGUUCGUGAGCGGCGAGCGUCUGAUCACCGACCCGGCCGGAGAGCUGGGCCGCGUGCAGGACUUCCUGGGGCUCAAGAGGAUCAUCACGGACAAACACUUUUACUUCAACCAGACCAAGGGUUUCCCGUGCCUCAAGAAGGCGGAGGGCAGCAGCAAGCCACACUGCCUGGGCAAAACCAAAGGGCGGACCCAUCCGAACAUUGACCCUGAGGUGGUGCAGAGGCUACGGGACUUCUACAGGCCCUUCAACAUGAAGUUCUACCAGAUGACGGGACAUAACUUUGGUUGGGAUUGAUGUG